AUGGUUACUUCAACUCCCUAUUAUGCACAGGCUAAUGGGCAAGUAGAGGCAGCAAAUAAGAUAUUGAUUGGCUUGAUUAAAAAGCAUAUCGAGAAUAAACCUCGAAUAUGGCAUGAGACUUUAAGUCAAGUAUUAUGGGCUUAUCGAAAUUCACCAAGAGGUUCGAUAGGGACUUCACCUUAUGAAUUGGUGUAUGACCAUGAUGCAGUGUUACCAUUAGAAAUUAAUUUGAAUACUUUAAGAGUAUCAAAACAGAAUGAUUUGACAGUCGAUGAUUAUUGGAAUGCAAUAUUUGAUGAGUUAAAUGAGUUAGACUCAGAGCGAAUCUUGGCACUUGAUAAUGUAAUUCGACAAAAAGAAAGUGUUGCUCGAAGUUAUAAUCGUCGAAUUAAGGAGAAAUCUUUCAAGAUAGGUGAGUUAGUUUUGAAAGUCAUUUUACCGAUGGAAAAGAAAUCAAGAUUCUUGGGUAAGUGGUCCCAUAGUUAG